AUGGCUUUAUGUAUUAUGUUCACAGUGUAUCUUUCAGUUCCUCUCAUUACUCCUCCUGUAUCAGUGGUAGCAGCAAUUGAUGGACAACAAAUAUCACUGAAUAUCAGUAUUAAUGUCAGUACAAUAUGUAAAGGAGAGUAUCCUAAUAGUAUAUCAGUUACUAUUCUGAAUACUGAUAACACAGUAAUAAAGAAUACCAGUAUAUCACCACAAGUUAAUGAUCAACUGAUGAUUGUAACUGGAAAUAGUUCAGUAACUAAUUUAAAUACAUUUACUGUUAAUGUAUUAUUGAGUAAUAAUGGAGGAACAUUUGGCAUUAUGCAAUCUUUUGGAUUUAGUUUUCUUGGACCAGUUACUAACAUUAACUCUUCAAUUGACAACUGUUCUACUAUUGAUAUAACAUGGACUGCUCCUACAGUUGAUGAUAGAGUACCUAUACUGUAUUACAUACUAAGAAUAUAUGAUGCUAUUACUGGUAGUCUAGUGGACACUGUACCAGUAAAUGAUACCAGUUAUCAGUUUAUGGAUAAUAAUUUAUAUAUUCAUUGUUAUACAUAUGUUAUAACUGGAGUUAAUGCAUUAGGAGAGGGAAUAUUUAAUAAUAAUACAUUUUCAUAUCAAAGAGGUAGAUAUACUUAA